AUGGGUGCUUGUUAAUGUAAAUAACAAUAAAAAGAAAUUGAAUGCGAUGUUUAAUAUUUAUAAAUAGAUAUAGGAACAUCGUUAACCUUACAAAGAUAUUUAUGAAGGUUCAUAAGGUUGUUUGAAUGAUUAUGAAUUGAUUCAACCUCCUUUAGGGGAAGGAGCUUUUGGAGUAGUUUGGAAAGCAAAACAUAAAGCUAGUGGAUAAUAUAGAGCUAUAAAGUAAAUAAAUAGUAAACAUUCUGAAGAAUAUCAGAAUAUUAUAGAUGAAGUUAACAUUUUGAAAACACUUGUACAAUAUAAAUUUAAAAUUAGGAUCAUCCAAAUAUCAUAAAAAUAUAUGAUUUUUUUGAAACAAAUUAGAAAUUAUAUAUAAUAACUGAAUUAUGUACAGGUGGAGAAUUAUAUGAUAAAUUAAUGGAGAUUCAUAAUUUUUCAGAGAAUGAUGCAGCUAAUAUUAUGAAACAAAUUUUAUAGGCUUUAGCUUAUUGUCAUAAUUAAAGGUUAGUUCAUAGAGAUAUAAAGCCAGAGAAUUUAUUAUAUGAAAGUAAUGAAAAAGAUAGUCAAUUAAAAGUAAUAGAUUUUGGUACAUCAAAAAGAACAACAGGAAAGAAUUUAAAAGAGAUAAUAGGAACAGUAAGCAUAUUUUAACUUUUAAAAGGCUUACUAUAUGGCCCCUGAGAUGUUUAAUGAAGAGUAUAAUGAAAAAUGUGAUAUAUGGUCAGCAGGAGUUGUUUUAUAUAUAUUAUUAAGUGGUAAACCUCCUUUUGAUGGAGAAACUGAUGAUGAUAUUUAUUAAUCAAUUAAAAAGGGAAGUUAUUCAUUAUCUUCAACAGAAUGGUUAAGUGUAUCACCAGAGGCUAAAUAAUUGAUUAGAAAGAUGCUUGAAUAUCAAGUUUCUAAAAGAUAUUCAGCAUAAGAAUGUCUCAAAGAUCCUUGGAUACUUUAAUAUACAGAGAAUGAAGUUAAAGCUCCAGUAUUGGAGAGUGUUCUUACAAAUAUGAAAACAUUUAGAGUAUAUAAUGAUUAUAUUUUAUAAUAGACUACUUAAAGAAUUUAAGAAGCAGCUUAUAUGUACAUAAUAAAACAAUUUGCUACUAAAGAAGAGAAAGAAGAAUUAUUAAAGACUUUUUAAAGUCUUGACAAAAAUUCUGAUGGAGUUUUAACUAAGAAAGAGUUGCUUGAAGGUUAUAUGAAAAUAAUGCCUGAAUCAGAAGCCAUUUUAUAGGUUGAAUAGAUUAUGUAGACAGUUGAUAAAAAUCUAUCUGGUAUUAUAGAUUAUUCUGAAUUUGUUAUGGCAACUAUUAACAGAAAAACUACUCUAACUUAAGAAAGAUUAGAGUAAGCUUUUAAAGUUAUAGAUAAAGAUAAUAGUGGAACAAUAACUAUUGAAGAAUUGAAAUAAAUGUUUUAAUCUGGAAAUAAAAUUCCAUAAGAAACUUGGGAAACUUUGAUGUCAGAAGUUGAUAAAAAUGGAGAUGGAUUACUUUCACUAAAAGAAUUUAAGGAUAUGAUGCUUCGUUUAAUUUGA